UGUUAAUUAAUUAAUUGAUUGUGAUUAUUAAUAGAGGCUGAGAAGCUGAGGAGUUGGGAAGAUAUAGAGAGGGAUAGGGAUAGAGGUCUAGGUGAUGUCUUUUGAUGGAAAGGAGAAGCAAUGGAAAUGCGGAAAGGGAGGUGCUAUGAAUUUUCACAAAGUCAGUUCAAUUGUUUGCGAUAUAGGGGAGCCUUGUCUUCAUCAAUCACCGAUAAAGAUAAGCAAAAUGCUUAAGCCAGAAAAGUGGCAGGCUACCUUUGAUAGUGAAGGGAGAAUUAUGGGUUUCCAAAAAGUUCUAAAAUUGAUUAAACUGGGGGGUGUGGAUCCAUCUAUAAGGCCGGAAGUAUGGGAAUUCCUUUUGGGCUGUUAUUCUUUGAGCAGCACUGCUGAAUAUCGAAGACAAUUAAGGGCUGCCAGGAGGGAACAUUAUAUGGACCUAAUUAAGCAAUGUCAAUUGAUGCACUCGAGCAUCGGAACUGGUUCCCUUUCCUAUGUUGUAGGUUCUAAAGUCAUGGAUAUGAGAAUGAGUUUCAAAGAUGAUGGGAUAAGGGAAGAUGAAGAUCAAAGUAGACAUAAUUCUGAAGCCCAUGCUAACAAAAUAGAUAAUAAUAAUUGUGUUUUGGAUAGCAAUUGUACACAAAAAUCACAUACUUGUAGAAGGGAAAGCUCCGGUGACUCUAAUGACCUUGUAAGUGUAAGAGCAAGCAAGGAAGGAGCAUAUGAUUGCUCUGGUCUUGUACCUUCUUCUGGUUCUUACAACUGCAAGUCCUCAGCUGAGCUUGAAGCUGAUGGACUACAAUAUGUGACUGAAAGCUAUUUGGAUUUUCCUCCUUUAUCUGUUACAGAUUUGUUUGAAAAAAGUGACAAAAAUAAAAAAGAACAUAGGUUACGCAAUGACAGACAUUCGACACGACGUAAAUUGAAAUUUGGGGAUGAGCAUAUUCACAGUUUUCAAAUUGAUAGCAAUGCAGAUUUAGUUGUGGAGUCAAAUGGUACCCAGUCUAAUGAGGACACAUCACCUCCUCACUCUGAAAGUGAAAGGAUUUACCCGGAUGUGGAUGAAUCACUUUCGCCGCCAAAUAAUCUGGAAUUUGAAUCAGAAAUGCUUAAGAUGCUUAGAAUAUCAGAUGCUCCAGAAAUACCUGCCAACAACACAAUUACAAGUCGUGGAGGGGCUGCCAGUGGAGAUAGAGUGUCUGAAUGGCUUUGGACGCUGCACCAAAUAGUUGUUGAUGUAGUUAGAAAAGACAAUCAUCUCGAAUUUCACGAGGACACAAAAAAUUUGGCUCGAAUGUCAGAUAUUCUUGCUGUAUAUGCAUGGGUUGAUCCUGCAACAGGAUAUUGCCAAGGCACGAGUGAUCUACUUUCCCCCUUUAUUGUUCUUUUUGAGGAUAAUGCUGAUGCUUUUUGGUGCUUCGAGAUGCUUCUAAGGAGAAUGCGUGAAAACUUUCAGAUGGAAGGACCUACUGGUGUAAUGAAACAGUUGCAGACAUUGUGGCACAUAUUAGAACUUACAGAUAGGGAAAUGUUUUCUCACUUGUCCCAGAUAGGUGCUGAGAGCCUUCAUUUUGCCUUCCGUAUGCUGCUUGUACUCUUCCGCCGCGAAUUGUCUUUCAAUGAUGCCCUUUGUAUGUGGGAGAUGAUAUGGGCCGCUGAUUUUGAUGAAUCCUUAGCUUGUAACCUGGAUGAAAAUUUCCCAGAAGUAUUGUUUAUACGGUUACCAAAGGAAACAGAGGCUGAAUCAGGAGAAGAAACCGUGGAUAGUAACGGUGGUGGUCCAUCGAAACAUAAAUCUGUAGAACGCUCCAUCUCUGAAAGCAGUGUGUUGGGGAUCCUAGGAGUUCAAACAACCAAAAACAACAAUCAACAAACAAGAUUCAAGUCAAAAUAAAAGAAAAACGGGAAUGGAAAAAUACAACCCCUUUAUUCUGCCCAUUUCUGUCCAGCUUCUUCUUCUUCUGCCGGCUGCUUCUUCUUGGAUUUAUGGAUGUUUUUCCAGGCUCAGGAACAGCCCCAUGCUAUGCCAAUUGCCUUCCAAAGAGAGAGGGGAAAAACCAAUGAAGAACCACCACCCUUUUCAAUGAAAAAACUGAGAGCUCCUACUGCUGCUGCUGGGAAUUAAAAACGAGAGCUGCCCCCAUAUUUUAUAUAAAAUGGUAGAGUGUACAUAAUGAAGGGGUAGGAAGAAAGACCAUGCCUCUGCCAAAGGAAGGGAAGACCUUAUUGUGUCAACCUCACUCCCAUCAACUCACAACAUUAGGUGGUGGGGUUAGGUGAACCAUAUCUUCACAUUCUUCACCUUGGUUCUCCUAACACUCUCUCUUGGUUGCGAAUUUGCACAUGGAAUAACUGUUCAUCAUCAUCGCCCACCACCUGCAAGAAAAAUUAACCAGUGUCAAUGUGUAAUAAAGAUAAGCACAAUCUAAAUUUACUUGCAGGUAGAAUUUUUGUUCCCAUAUCAGAGGGAUUCCUAUCAGUGUGAAUUUUAACAAGAUUAACUUCGCCUUGAGACAGUUUCUCACGUAUAAAAUGAUACUUUA